AUGUUCAAUGAUUGCCCAUUUUUAUGCAAAAACCUUUAUUUGCAAAAGGCAAAUUUCUCUUAUUUGCGAGAGGGAAAUGUUGCACGGCAAAAAAGGAACAAACAAAAAGGUGUUUGUUUUGUUAUUUAAAGUAAAUCGAUGCUUUGUUGAAACCACGUUUUGUGUUAUUUUCUUCUUAUUCGUUCAAUUACAGGACAAUAGAAAGCUAACAUUUCAAUUGCAAACAUAAAACAGUCCACAAGACAUGAGAAUUACAAGUAUUUUAGGAAAAUUUAGGCAUGAAAAAAUUCCAAACAAAAGUCUUGGGAUCUUAGCCUAUAUAUCCUACAUAUAUAGCCUAUAUACAAAUAUAUAUACACAUAACCUUUCAUUAACCACAAAAGUUAGAUUACAACUCUAAAAUAAGCGCCCACAUACACAUUUUGACAGAAUGACUAGCCUAUUUAAACGAUUUUUGACCUCCUGAAAGUCAUUGAAUAGCUACUUCACAGAGGUACAAACUUCACAUCACAUUUACAAAUACUAGCAUAUUUGUAAAUGAAAUGCAAAAAUUCUUUUUAAUCAAAUCGUUUUUGUUGUGUGCACGAGCAUUGUAAUAUGUAAUCCUGCAUAAUGAAUGGAGGGUGUAAUAGAUAUCCGUGUUCUGACCGUAAGUAACCCCAUCGCUCCCCACACCUCGAGAUUUACUUUGGUGACGCAGCAAGGAGGAGGUUCCUUUGGCGCUUUCCAUAGUAACAAGAGAUGGGGUGAUUCUUCCGACCCAACGAGAUUGGGCAUUCUAAUUUCACAAAAGAAAUGGGUAGUGACCUAAUUUGGAACAGUGGGUUUUUUCAGUGCAGACCAAUGAAGAUCUCCAUGCAGUUACUGAACAUAAGUCAGUCUUUUCCUAUGGUUACAUGGGUCUUAACUUUGGGACUUUAACGGACGCAGGCGCCAGCAAAGUGAAAAAUUAGAGUCAUUUAUGAAGAGAAUGCACGUUUGUCCACAUGUAGGCUAAAUAGGCCUAUAUUUGCAAUUAUACAUGGCUGCUGCGAUCAAGCUAUUAAAUAUUUAGUUUUACAAUGUUGUAUUUUGUUUAUUUAAAAAAAAAAAAAAAGUAAGAAAAAAGAAAAGAACAAAUAAUGAUGAUGAUUAAAAUUCUGGAGUCCAGAUGAGAUUCGAUUUUUGCAGAAAUAUUUUAGCCUUUGCUAAUUGGUGGAACAUUGGAAGGGGUUCAAACAAUGAACUAAGCAAGUUGUCCAAAAAAAAAAAGAGGAAUUUGGUAUGUACAAAUGCAAAAUAUUUAUGGUCGACUUUCAAAUAGCACCCACUGAGUCCAACAGUGGGCUUUGGCAAGGAAAUCGGAUCGGUGGGGGUGGAAACAAAUGAUGUAAAACCACCAGAGGCAACAUGCGACAUUGUUGGAAAAUCCGCACGAUGUAUUAUUAAUUUAAUGCUCAUUAAAAACUUUUGCCAGGAUAUUAAUCACUGCGUGUUUCACAUACCUGACGAAUUGCUAUUUCAUCAAAACUCACUGUGCAAUUUAGAAACACCACCUUUUCUUUAAAAUGUUUGUGAUACAGUAGCACAUUUCUCUCAGUUCUUGGAGCAUAAAUCUAAAAUGUUGCAGCUUAAAGUGUAAAAAGCACCUUGAUAUAAAGUUAAAUCGGCUCCUGGCAUCAUUCACAAUAAAGAUGCUUACCCACAUAGAAGGCGACGUUCUCGGGACCUUGCUCAACGUUGCCUAAAAGUUCUCUAAAGGUGACAAAUUCUGAACCUUUACAGAACAUUAGGGACGUUCCUAAAACGUCCUCUUUUGGUAAUAAAGGUGCUGCAGUUCAAGGUUCCUUAUAUGACUUUAGGGGGAUGUUCUAUUUAGGUUAUUUUAUGGUCACAUAAGAACGUUACAAAGAGGACAUUUGGGAAGUUAACAGAACGUCCUAUAGGCUAGUAAUAGUCCCCUAAACAUUCCCAGAAAGUCCUGAAUGUUCCCUGAAGGUCCACCAAAUAACGUCCCCCAACCCUUAAAAGAACUCCACAUCGUGACCGUCUCUGAACGUUCUGGGAACGUUACUAGACAACAUAUUUUAAGUCACUAUAUCCCACACUAGACAGUAGUCACUUAUUUCUUAUCUUCACUCCUACAAAUUUCAUGACUGACUUUAUUGUUGAAGAACUACUUCACGUCUUUGUUCUGCAAGAAGAACCGAUGUGUGAUGAGAUUGUUAAUUUGUUAAGAGCGUAUUUUGGGCGAUCCUACUCUUUCUGAAUCUGUUAUAUUUUUGUUUGGCUCAUGUGGUCUGGAGCUAUGGUUAAACGAUUACUCUGGAAGAGACAUGCAAACGCCCCCUUUAGACUACUUGAACUUGACACCAAAUACUACAUGCCGUUACCGGGGUGAGUUUUCAGAAGUCUAGUGGUCUUCCAGAAUGGAUGUUUUAGCAGUUCCCCAAAAGAGAGAAGACGGCUGGUACUUGUCUCUUAUGGCACCAAACACAAAGGGACCAAAGUUUGCAUGGCUUGAUCCAUCAAGACUCUAUUGCAAUUCACAGGCACUGUCAGAUUGUGUAAAAGAUCUUCUCAAACCAUUCCAAAAUGAGACCAUUGACCUGGUGGCUGGAAUAGACGCCAUGGGCUUCAUCCUCGGGUCAGCUGUGGCCAUGAGUUUAGGAAAAGGCUUUUUGGCCAUUCGAAAAGCAGGACACUUGUGUGUUCAAACUCGCAUUCAGGACUACAGCGACUACUCUGGACGAGAGAAACUCAUGGAAGUGCGUGUUGAUGUGUUAAAGCCAGGUCUACGGGUUCUUAUAGUAGACCAGUGGAUUGAGACCGGAGGAACUAUGAGAGCAGCUAUCAAACUGGUGGAGAAUCAAGGCGCUACUGUUGUAGGCGUUGCUGCUGUGGCCAUUGAAAACAGUGAGGGAGGAAAGUGGAUAAAGGAAAACUAUAAAUAUUCUCACUGCAUUCCAAAUGAGCUGCAAUCUCAGAUAGACAGUCAAUACCUGGAGUUUUUUAAGAACAUCAGUGGUUAGAAAUCAGGAUAUUCACAUAAAAAUGUGAGGUCAGCCCUUGAAUCAUUUGGAGUAACAUAAUAGGUAAGAAAUUAUCAGAGCUUGUGACAUGCAUUUUUAUAUGUGGAGAUGAAUGGAUCGUGUGAGGACUGAUCUUUCUAAGCUGAAAUGGAUUUGAUCCAUUACACUCUUCCUGUUUUAAGCAUUCAGUCAAAUUGGUCAUAAAUGGUCUGAAGUUGUUACACAAAAUUACCAGUAGAGGUCACUAUCAGAUUGUAACUCAGAUUUUAUUACUUAACUUGAAAAUGGUAAAAAUCAAUAAUGAUGAAUUUAAUGUAAAUGAAAUGUUUAAUCAAACAGUAUGAAUACAGGGUUUCUGCAGGUUUUAUGAAGAUAAAUUUAAGAACUUUUAAAGACCUUCUUAAGACCAAUUAAAGAAAAUUUAAGGAAUUAAUUGGAGGGAAAUCAAUAUGUUCUCUAUAUGUAAAUGUCAAAAGAGAAACACGAGUUGUAUUAGCAAAACAGUCAUGUUUUUUUCCAGUGCAAAUGUUUAAAGAUUCUCAAAUCAAGAAGCAUUUACUGGAGAUACAAAAUGAUAUAAAAUAUGAAGUCUUUUUUUCUGUGAUACUGAUCAAAAUGAAAUGAGUUUAUGAUCAAAACAAGAACAAAUAUCUGCCAAUGGGCUAAAAAUAACUCAUAACUCAUUGACAGAUAUUUGUUUUUGUUUUAAGCAUAAACUCGCUUCAUUUUCUUCAAUUUUUCAAGACUUCAUUUUGCAUUUGUAUCUAAAAUAAAUGUAUCUUGAUUUAAAGGUGUUUAGAUACUUGUAUUGGGACAAAGGAAGAGGAAGAUACUUUUUUUUUUUUUUUUUUUUUUUUUGCCAUGCAUGCAACAUUUAAUGAAAUGACUUUAUAAAUGUAAGACUUUAUGC